CAGUUUGCGACCCUAGGAAAAUGGAGCUUUGCACGUCUCAAGCCAUCAGCCAUCUUCCUCGGAGCAAAAGCCGCCGUGGGUUUAUUCUCUCCGGGAAUGCUGUUAAUCUCCUCCGCGGCAGAGCCUCGUUUCCAAUCAGGCGGAAUACGGUUUCCCUUGGUUUACGAUCCCGCAUCUUGCGUUGUAAGGGCUCGUUUACCGGAGAAACAAUAUCCGAGGAAGCAUCAACUGGAGAGAAAUGUGAUGGAGCAGUUGCAGUGGAAGACGUUUCACCCGUGGAGAAAAGUGUGACCAGUGAACUAGAAUUGGCCGAAGAUAGUUCUCAAGCGGAGUCCUCUGAGGACGAGCAGACACAGUCGAUUGAGUUCUUGGACAAGCUCGAUUCUGAGAAUACCUAUCCAAUACUGCUAUAUGGGAGUGGGGCAUUGGUCGUGCUGUAUUUGGCAUCUGCUGUUAUUGGCUCCGUGGAAUCAAUUCCUCUGUUACCAAAGCUGUUGGAGGUGGUGGGUCUUGGAUACACGCUUUGGUUCACCACCCGUUACGUGUUAUUCAAGAAAAACAGACAAGAACUCAGUGCAAAGAUUGAAGAAAUUAAACAGCAAGUCCUUGGAUCCGACAGUGACCGAUGAUGGUGACUAAAGUUCUUUUGAAGGUUUUGAACUGCCUCGUUGUUUUGUUCGAGCUCUGUACAAAAAUCUCUCCGACAGAUUUAGAUGCGAUCUGUAAGAAGAUAACAUAGAAAAAGUCUGGAAAUGCAAAAAGAAAUAUAUAUAUAUAUAUAUAUAUAUAUAUAUACAUAUACGUAUAUAUGUAUGUUUGAUGGGCUUGGUGAUACGCAAAAGGCAGACCUGAGGAAUAACCUCAACCAUCCGAGGAAAAGGGCUCAACAUUCGAAAAGAUUUGGUCAAAUUCUCCAACUUGCCAAAGAAAUUCACGAUGUUGUUGUCGUGUUGGAUGAGGUAAUGUCAUGCAUAAUGCAUGCACGUGUGGGCUUAUUAUUGGGAUCGGCUGGUUUGGGUACGAUGCUUCGUCGCAGUUAUUGAUGACGUUUCUCUA